CCGGACGAGAGACAAUUUUUUGUCAAAAUUCAGCACAUUUCAUUUUAUCGAUUGGAUUGGGUGGCUGUCUUGGUUUCGUCGCCGCUAAAGUCUGUCCGCAGACUAAUGCGACGGACCCUGUAACAUUAGUUUAUUUGUUAGUUUAUUUUAUUGUGGUGAAGUGAUACAAAGUGUGCGAAAAUGGGGUCGAUGUUUCGGAGUGAGGAGAUGACAUUAUGUCAGCUCUUCUUACAAAGUGAAGCAGCCUAUGCCUGCGUGUCCGAGCUUGGAGAACUGGGCCUUGUACAGUUCCGCGAUUUGAACCCAGACGUGAACGCGUUCCAACGCAAGUUCGUCAAUGAGGUCCGCCGUUGCGACGAGAUGGAGCGCAAGCUUCGCUACCUGGAGAAGGAGAUCCGGCGCGAUGGCAUCCCCAUGCUGGAGAUACCCGGGGAAAGCCCCGAGGCGCCGCAGCCCAGGGAGAUGAUCGAUCUUGAGGCAACCUUUGAGAAACUGGAAAACGAACUCCGGGAAGUAAACCAGAAUGCCGAGGCCCUCAAGAGAAAUUAUCUCGAGCUCACAGAACUCAAGCACAUUCUCCGCAAAACUCAAGUAUUCUUUGACGAGCACGAGGGUGGGGCCAAUACCACAGAGUCGAUGACGCGCGCUCUGAUAUCUGACGACCCGAGCCGUCACGGGGGGCACGUCCAGCUAGGUUUACGGGAUAAGCAAGAAUCGUUGGAAUUCCUGCCUUGUUUCGUCGCUGGCGUGAUUCUUCGCGAGCGCAUCCCCGCGUUUGAGCGCAUGCUGUGGCGCGCGUGUCGCGGCAACGUCUUCCUGAGGCAGGCCGAGAUCGAGACGCCGCUUGAGGAUCCUUCCUCGUCGGACCAAGUAUACAAGUCGGUGUUCAUCAUCUUCUUCCAAGGAGACCAGCUGAAGACCCGCGUCAAGAAGAUAUGCGAGGGGUUCCGUGCCACUCUCUACCCGUGCCCGGAGGCGCCGGCUGACAGGAGGGAAAUGGCCAUGGGGGUCAUGACUCGGAUUGAGGAUCUUAACACGGUGUUGGGUCAAACCCAGGACCACCGUCACCGCGUCCUAGUCGCCGCGGCUAAGAACAUCAAGAACUGGUUCGUGAAAGUGCGCAAGAUCAAGGCCAUCUACCACACGCUGAACCUGUUCAACCUGGAUGUGACGCAGAAGUGUCUCAUUGCGGAGUGCUGGGUGCCCGCGCUGGACCUGGAGACCAUUCAGCUGGCGCUGAGGAGGGGAACGGAGCGCAGCGGCAGCUCGGUGCCUCCCAUCCUGAACCGCAUGGAGACGGCGGAGGACCCGCCCACCUACAACCGCACCAACAAGUUCACGUCCGCCUUCCAGCACCUCAUCUACGCGUACGGCGUCGCCACCUACCGCGAGGUCAACCCCGCGCCGUACACGAUCAUCACGUUCCCGUUCCUGUUCGCGGUGAUGUUCGGCGACCUCGGCCACGGCGCGCUCAUGGCGCUGUUCGGCUUCUGGAUGUGCUACAAGGAGAAGCCGCUGCAGGCCAAGAAGAUUGACAGCGAGAUCUGGAACAUAUUCUUCGGCGGUCGCUACAUCAUCCUGCUCAUGGGUCUGUUCUCCAUGUACACGGGUCUCAUAUACAACGACAUAUUCUCCAAGAGUCUCAACAUAUUCGGCUCGGCGUGGCGCGUCAACUACAACGAGUCGACGCUAAGAGAGAAUAAUCUGUUGCAACUGAACCCUGAUUCGGAGGAUUAUCUGCAGACGCCGUAUCCGUUUGGAAUCGAUCCCGUUUGGCAGCUGGCCGAAGCGAACAAGAUCAUCUUCAUGAACGCGUACAAGAUGAAGAUCUCCAUCAUCAUCGGCGUGUUCCACAUGCUGUUCGGAGUGUGCAUGUCGCUGUGGAACCAUCUGUACUUCAAGCGGCGCAUCUCGAUCUACGUGGAGUUCAUCCCGCAGAUCGCGUUCCUGAUCCUGCUGUUCUUCUACAUGGUGCUGCUCAUGUUCAUCAAGUGGACGUCGUACGGCGCCACCGUCGGACACUUCGGCAGCCAGGACCCUGAAAUCGUGAAAACGAGUGCGUACUGCGCGCCGUCGAUCCUGAUCACGUUCAUCAACAUGAUGCUGUUCAAGACGGACGCCAACCCGCGGCCCGUGUGCGACCCCAACAUGUACGCAGGGCAAGUCGGCCUGCAGAAGUUCUUUGUGAUUUUGGCUCUGAUGUGCGUGCCAGUGAUGCUGUUCGGUAAACCCUACUUCAUCAUGCAGGAGCAGAAGAAACGUGCUCUCCAAGGCCACCAGCCCAUCGACGGCGCGGCGGAGAACGGCGCGGCGGGCGGCGCCGUGGUGCCGGCCGCCUCGCACCACGACGAGGAUAUCACUGAGGUCUUCAUUCACCAGGCGAUCCACACGAUCGAGUACGUGCUGGGCAGCAUCUCGCACACGGCGUCGUACCUGCGGCUGUGGGCGCUGUCGCUGGCGCACGCGCAGCUCGCCGAGGUCGCCUGGAACAUGCUGCUCAGAGAAGGUCUGCAACACCAGGGCUUCCAGGGCGGCAUCGUGCUGUGGGCGGUGUUCGCGGGCUGGGCCGCCAUCUCCGUGUCCAUCCUCGUGCUCAUGGAGGGCCUCUCCGCCUUCCUGCACACGCUGCGGCUGCACUGGGUGGAGUUCCAAAGCAAGUUCUACGCUGGUGAAGGGUACCUCUUCCAGCCGUUCUCCUUUGAAGUCAUCCUGGACUCGGCCGGUCAAGAGGUGGAGUAAAGCGCACAUGCUGUGUCCAUUACCACUAUGUUCUAUUUAUAACCUACUACGCGAUUCACUUAGAACUAGACAGCUAUUAUUGUUCAAUAUCUCAAUAGCUUUGCUGCAAGAUGCAAGACACGUCUUUUAAAAACUCAGUAUUUUAGAGAUAUUAUUUUUGGCAAAGCUAGUAAAAAUGUAAUGCUGUUGUUCUAUAAAUUAUAUUCGUGUCUGUAUGCUGAUAACUGAUAACCUACAUUAGUUAUCAGCUUGUUAAAAAUUCGUGUUUUAAUAAAGUCUAUUUGAGGUAUUUCCAAACUUGGGAUAAGAUAAAUGUUAUAGAGGUAGAGCUCUGAUAAGUGUUUGAAAAGGUUUAUCUUUGAAUUUCAAUUAAUUUAAAUGAAUUAUAGUGGUUUGUGGAUGUAUCCGUGUAUCUAGCUUUAUAGUUAUGUUCAUUUUUUUAUGAAAAGACACCAGAUUUUAUCAGAAUAUCAAAAAAAUGUUAAUUGAACUACAGUUAGUGCGUCCUGUUUUGUAUUAUUUUGCUACUUAUGUAUUUUUUAUUAAUAAACGUACGAACUUUGUGAUUGUGA